AUGCAUCUAUCUAUCUAUCUAUCUAUCUAUCUAUCUAUCUAUCAAGACAUACAUAUGUACAAUCUCAUAAUUGCUUCUUUCUUUCUUUCUUUCUUUCUUUUUCUUUCUUUCUUUCUUUCUUUUCUUUCUCUUCUCGUCCAUAAUUUUUCCUUAUUCUCCUUUUCCUUCCUUCCUUCCUUCCUUCCUUCCUUCCUUCCUUCCUUCCUUUUCCAUUCAUCGUCUUUAUUUUCCCUUUUCUUUCUUUCUUUCUUUCUUUCUUUCUUUCUUUCUUUCUUUCUUUCUUUCUUUCUUAUUCCCUUCCAACCCUUCGAAGUAGUUCCGGUCUCACAAUACUUUCUUUCUUUUUUUCUUUCUUUCUUUUCUCUCUUCUCCCAUUUUCUUUCUUUCUUUCUUUCUAUUCUCAUUCAUUUUUCAUUAUCUUCUAUACUCUUUCAUCUUCAUUCUUUCUUUCUAUCCUUUUUCAUUAUUUUCUAUCCUCUUUCAUAUUCCUUCUUCCUUUCUUCGUUUCUUUGUUUCUUUCUUUCCUCUUUCAUUUUCAUUCAUUCUUUUUCAUUAUUUUCACUCCUCUUUCAUUUUCUUUCUUUCUUUCUUUUUCAUUAUUUUCUCUCCUCUUUCAUUUUCUUUCUUUCUUUCUUUUUCAUUAUUUUCUCUCCUCUUUCAUUUUCUUUCUUUCUUUCUUUUUCAUUAUUUUCUCUCCUCUUUCAUUUUCUUUCUUUCUUUCUUUUUCAUUAUUUUCUCUCCUCUUUCAUUUUCUUUCUUUCUUUCUUUUCAUUAUUUUCUCUCCUCUUUUUCAUUUUUCUUUCUUUCUUUCUUUUUCAUUAUUUUCUCUCCUCUUUCAUUUUCUUUCUUUCUUUCUUUUCAUUAUUUUCUCUCUUUUCAUUUUCUUUCUUUCUUUCUUUUUUUAUUUUCUCCUCUUUCAUUUUCUUUCUUUCUUUCUUUUUCAUUAUUUUCUCUCCUUUUCAUUUUCUUUCUUUUUUCUUUUUUCAUUAUUUUCUCCUCUUUCAUUUUCUUUCUUUCUUUCUUUUUCAUUAUUUUCUCUCCUCUUUCAUUUUUUCUUUCUUUCUUUCUUUUCAUUAUUUUCUCUCCUCUUUCAUUUUCUUUCCUUUUCUUUUUCAUUAUUUUCUCUCCUCUUUCAUUUUCUUUCUUUCUUUCUUUUUCAUUAUUUUCUCUCCUCUUUCAUUUUCUUUCUUUCUUUCUUUCUUUUUUCAUUAUUUUUCUCUCCUCUUCAUUUUCUUUCUUUCUUUCUUUUUCAUUAUUUUCUCUCCUCUUUCAUUUUCUUUCUUUCUUUUUCAUUAUUUUCUCUCCUCUUUCAUUUUCUUUCUUUUCUUUUUCAUUAUUUUCUCUCCUCUUUCAUUUUCUUUCUUUCCUUAUUUUUCAUUAUUUUCUCUCCUCUUCAUUUUUUUCUUUCUUUCUUUCUUUUCAUUAUUUUUCUCUCUUUUCAUUUUUCUUUCUUUCUUUCUUUUUCAUUAUUUUCUCUCCUCUUUCAUUUUCUUUCGUUCUUUUUCUUUUUCAUUUAUUUUCUCUCCUCUUUCAUUUUCUUUCUUUCUUUCUUUUCAUUAUUUUCUCUCCUCUUGCAUUUUCUUUUUUUUUCUUUCUUUCUUUUUCAUUAUUUUCUCUCCUUUUCAUUUUUCUUUCUUUUCUUUCUUUUUCAUUAUUUUCUCUCCUUUUCAUUUUCUUUCUUUCUUUCUUUUUUAUUAUUUUCUCCUCUUUCAUUUUCUUUCUUUCUUUCUUUUUCAUUAUUUUCUCUCCUCUUUCAUUUUCUUUCUUUCUUUCUGUUUCAUUAUUUUCUCUCCUCUUUCAUUUUCUUUCUUUCUUUUUCAUUAUUUUCUCUCCUCUUUCAUUUUCUUUCUUUCUUUCUUUUUCAUUAUUUUCUCUCCUCCUUCAUUUUCUUUCUUUCUUUCUUUUUCAUUAUUUUCUCUCCUCUUUCAUUUUCUUUCUUUCUUUCUUUUUCAUUAUUUUCUCUCCUCUUUCAUUUUCUUUCCUUCUUUCUUUUUUAUUAUUUUCUUUCCUCUUUCAUUUUAUUUCUUUCUUUCUUUCUUUUUCAUUAUUUUCUUUCCUCUUUCAUUUUCUUUCUUUCUUUCUUUCUUUCUUUCUUUUUCAUUAUUUUCUUUCCUCUUCCAUUUUAUUUAUUUCUUUCUUUCUUUCUUUUUCAUUAUUUUCUCUCCUCUUUCAUUUCCUUUCUUUCUUUUUUUCUUUCUUUCUUUUUCAUUAUUUUCUCUCCACUUUCAUUUUCUUUCUUUCUUUCUUUUUCAUCAUUUUCUCUCCUCUUUCAUUUUCUUUCUUUCUUUCUUUUUCAUUAUUUUCUCUCCUCUUUCAUUUUCUUUCUUUCAUUCUUUCUUUCUUUUUCAUUAUUUCUCUCCUCUUUUAAUUUCUUUCUUUCUUUCUUUUUCAUUAAUUUCUCUCCUCUUUCAUUUUCUUUCUUUCUUUCUCUCUUUUUUUCAUGAUUUUAUCUCCGCUUUCAUUUCAUUCAUUUAUUCUUUCUUUCUUUCUUUCUUUCUUUCUCUCUUUUUUUUUCAUGAUUUUAUCUCCGCUUUCAUUUCAUUCAUUUAUUCUUUUCUUCUUUCUUUCUUUUUUCUUUCUCUCUUUUUUUCAUGA